AGCUCCCUUCAGUUGCUCGGUAAUGCCAGGUCGGGAUCAGCGUUCUAGGAAUAAGGUAGACCAUCGUGGAGGUGGUCGUGGCACCAGGAGCGGCAAGAAAUAUGUAGAAGAGGACGACUUUGAUGCUAUCGCUCGAAGGAACCGGGAUGUAGAGCAGAUCAAACGUCGUCAAGAGCAGCAGCUAGCUGAGGAGGGGUCGUCGUCCGAUGACGAUGAGCCUACUACCGCUCCCGUAGCAGCUCACUCGAAGAUGGCACCGGAGGUAAAGACCAUGGCUAAGGCAAGGAUCGACUCUGAUGACGAUAUUGCACCUAUUGGAGCGGAUCAGAAGCAUCAGCCAACUCGACGUGAGCGAGAGGCAGCUGCUAAGGAGGCGGCUCAUAAGGCCUAUCUUGAGAAGCAGGCUAAGGGUGAGACCUCAGAAUUCAAAGCUCAAGCUCGACGUCUGGCCGAGGUGAGGGCUCGUCGUGAGGCUGCUGCCAAUAAGCGUGAAGCAGAGGAGGCUGCUGGUAUCACUGGUAACGUGGACGGCGGUUCUAUUCUGGGUGUACAAGCUGGUAGAGAACCACCGAACAGGCCAUCCUCGGCCCUCGCCGAAGCCAUGGGAGCUACUUCAAUGACUGCUGGUCCGAAGCGUAGAGGUGGCGGCAAGAAGGGCAAGCACUGAGUACAUUCCUUGUUAUAACUGUAUCCAACACGUUGAUGAUAUUCCUAGUAGGACUCUGAUACUGGACAAGAGGCAGUGAAGUGCUGCCUUUGUUUCACUCAUA